UCGGCGUGAAUAGUUUUACAAAAUAUGUUAGGCGAUAACAUUUUAGAACUAUAACUAAAACAUUUUACAAGCAAUUUAUAACAAAUAUUUGUUUAUAGUGCAGUUAGUUUAUUGAAAUAUUUUGGGAGGCUACUCACUGAUUAUAUUUAGUGUUUACAUUCCAAUUUAAGGACAGUUUUCUAAAGUACGAAGGAUUUUCAAACAGACUUAAGUAACAUCAUGUCAAGACACUAAAUUAAAACUAUGGAUGAAGUAAAGGCAAAUGGUAAAGAUUUGCCUGAGACUAACGAUAAAAAUAUGGAUAAAACUGGUGGAGAAACAAAGAUAGAAAUGGUCAAUGGUAAAACUGAAGUUGCAGAUAAGGAUGUAAAUAAGGAUAAUACAUUAAAUGACAGUAUAGAAGUUGAGAAUGAUGAAGCAAAUAGAUCCAGCUCACCUCUUGUUUGUGAUUUAGACGAUAACGAAAGAUAUGGUGAUCUGACCAAGUACAAUGAUGAAAAAUCACCGCAAGAUCAUGUAAAAGUAUAUAUAGAGAUGGACAACAAUGAUGAUGGGGACGAUGUCUCGGUGACAGGAAGCUACAUUGAGAGAUUAUAUCCUAACAUGGGACUCAUUGAUGAUGAACACGAACUUAAUAAACCAAGAACCCAACCAGAAAGUCGACUACAUCGAGCACAGUUAAUGGUAAAGGUAGUGGUAGAACAUAUGGCGUUCAGGAUAUUCACGAUACUGCUGAUUCUGGUCGAGUUUAUACUGGUCAUCAUAGAUCUCUCUAUGAAUAGUGACGGUCACAUCAAACAUCUCGAUCACGCCUCACAAAUCAUCAUUGGUUACUUUGUCCUCGAACUUAUCGCUAGAAUAUUCUAUAAAGGAGAGUUAUUCUUUCACUGCUGGAUGGAUAUACUUGAUAUGAUAGUUGUCAUAGCAACCUUUGUCAUUGACCUUGUCCUUAGUAACACCUCAGUACCAAGAUUAGGGGUGAUAGGUCGAGGCAUAAGAAUUUUACGAAUUGUCCGCGGCAUUUACUUAAUAUCUCAACAGAGGAAACAUUUAGCUAUAGCGUCUCGUAGGAUCGUGUCUCAGAACAAACGUAGAUAUGUAAAAGAUGGUUUUGACCUUGAUCUCUGUUAUAUUAUGGAAAGGGUAAUUGCCAUGUCAUUUCCAUCGUCCGGUGUACAGUCUAUGUAUAGAAAUAAUAUUAGAGAGGUUUCUAAAUUUUUUCAAGCAAAACAUAAAGGUCAUUUUAAGCUUUACAACGCAUGUAGUGAACGUGAUUAUGAUACUUCAUAUUUUGAUGAUAGUGUAGAGAGAAUUUAUAUUGAUGAUCACAAUGUGCCAACACUCAGGGAGAUGUUGCGGUUCUGUGAGAGCAUGCAUGAAUAUUUAUCUGAGGAUCCUGAGAAUGUAGUCGCCAUUCAUUGUAAAGGUGGUAAAGGGCGUACAGGAACGUUGAUCUGUACUUGGCUUGUCGAGUGUGGACAGUUUGAAGAAGCUCAGGAUAGUUUAGAUUAUUUUGGUGACAGACGUACAGAUCUGGAUCAUGGUAAAACAUUCCAGGGAGUUGAGACACCAAGUCAGAGUCGGUAUGUUGGAUAUUUUGGUGAAGUCAGAAAUAAAUAUAACGGUGUUCUUCCAAAGGAAAAAUUUAUCCGAAUUACAAAUGUCCGAAUUCAUGCAAUAAAAG